UAUUUUGACCUCAGAAAAAUCUUAUCGUCACCGCGCCCGUUAUCUGAGUCAACACUGCUCAAUUCAUCACAUGCCUCAUGAUAAGCCGCAUGAUGGCAAAUGCAAGGCGAAUUCUCUUAUUGUCCAGCUCAACGGUCCAUGGUUCUGGAUACCUGGAGUAUGCUGCUGGCCACAUUAAGGAAUUUUUGCAAAAGAGCAAAGUAAAAACAAUUUUGUUUGUGCCUUACGCGUUGAAGGAUCACAAUGAGUACUUGAACAAAGUCCAAGGACCAUUGAAGCAAUUAGGUUAUGCAGUAGAGGGCAUUCAUGAGGCAACAAACGCAAUUGAUGCCAUCAAAAAAGCUGAAGCAAUUUAUAUUGGGGGUGGAAACACUUUCCUACUUUUAAAGACUCUUUAUGAUUUGAACCUAAUUGAGCCUAUUAAAGAAAGAGUCCUGAAGGAUGGCAUUCCAUAUAUUGGAAGCUCUGCGGGAAGUAACGUGGCCACUGCAAGUAUUAACACGACCAACGACAUGCCCAUUGUGUGGCCACCAACCCUAACUGCCCUUGCACUUGUGCCAUUCAACAUAAACCCUCACUACAUUGACUUUGACCCCGACUCCAAGCACAAAGGGGAAACUCGAGAAGAGCGGAUAAGCCAGUACCAUGAGAUUCCUGGCUCUCCACCCGUUCUGGGAUUGCGAGAAGGUGCAAUUUUACAAGUCGAAGGCGACGUUGCCAAGAUUUUGGGAACUUACGGGGCUAAAUUAUUCACAGUCGAAAAUCAGCCGCAGGAGUUUAGAGUUGGAGAAGAAGUUAGUUUUCUGCUGAAGUGAUUUUUUUCAAUGAAUUAAAAGUACAGUAUUGCACUCAUAACCAGUUCUUUCAAGCAUUGGUUGUUUCGUUUUAUUCAUCAUUCCAUACCUUGUA